GGAAAUACCAUAUGGAGAGCAACAUCAUAUUCCCUGCUCUGCGGCUAAACUACAGCAAAAUAUGCCGAAAAAUAGAUACAAAACAACAUUCCCAUAUGACCAUUCUCGUGUUGUGCUGAAUGUUUGUCCAGAUAAUGACUACAUCAAUGCAAAUUACAUUAAGGACGUGGAAGGGAAACGGCGUUAUAUUGCGACACAAGGGCCGAGAAAAAACACAAUACAAGACUUCUGGGCCAUGAUUUGGCAAGAAAAUAUCCGGGUUAUCGUCAUGGUUACUAAGUUGACAGAGGGAUCAACGAUAAAGUGUGAGCAGUAUUGGCCGGGACAAGGUGAUCAAAUGACGUCAGGGCAGUUCUGUCUUCAGCUGAUGUCACAGAAGGACUACGCCAAUUAUACACAACGUGACAUCAAUAUAGCAAAUAAAAAGACAAAGGUUGUGAAGACUGUAAAUCAGUUUCAAUUCACGGCAUGGCCCGACCACGGAACACCUUCACCGAUAGAACUCCUCGUCUUUUAUCGUCAUGUUAUGCGCUUAAUGCAGAUGUAUCCCGACAGUCUCCUAGUUGUGCACUGCAGUGCAGGUAUUGGUCGGACAGGCACUUUUAUCGCAUUAGACGCCCUGUACAAGCACGGACUGAAAGAGGGAAAUAUAGACGUGGUGGAAUACGUUAAGAUAAUGCGAGAAGACCGUAUGAACAUGAUACAAAAUGCGGGUCAGUACGUCUUUUUGUACAAAGCUCUGUAUGAGAUUUUCAAGACCAAUGGAAGGCUGCUGAAGAAGGAGCAGUUCAUUCAGGAAGUGACGUCACAGUUAAUGUCAGAUAAAGCUGCCAACGCUUCUCAGUUCAAGAAGGAAUUCAAUGAGCUGCUUUCAAUCAGACCUGUGCUGGAUGAGAAGGACACGAAAGAUGCAAGACAAAACAUUGAUCUCAAUAUGACAAAAACUGUUCUUCCAGCUGACAGUAUUAGAGUGUUGCUGACGUCAUAUGCUCGUGGACGGGGCAACUACUACAACGCAGUGCCAAUUUCGUCCUACACACUAAGGGAUGGGCUUAUCGCUGCACAGUAUCCAGUAGAGGGCGCUGCAGUCGACUUAGUGCGCUUGCUCAUUGAUCAGGAAUGCACUAUCCUGAUUUCUAUCAACCAGCUCUCAGACGUAGCUACUUCUGCAGAGUGGCUCACGACUUCAGCUGAGAAAAGCGUCAUCACGCCGUAUAAGACGAUGCUAAAUACAGGUCGAAGUUUGUCAAAUAAGCUCAAAAUGACUUUUCUCAAAAUGAAGCAUGACAAGGAUUCAGAAUGGCACACUGUCAAAGUGUUGGAAAUACUAAAUUGGAAGAUAAAUGAAAAACUUCCGGCGGAAGAGGAUGUUUUUGUAGAAUUGAUGAACAAAGUUCAGGAGAUCAUCAAAGAUCCGGAAACCAAAAUAACAGUUUUGUCAAGAGAUGGUGCGACCGGAUGUGGAAUCUUCUGCGCCGUGUAUAAUGCCAUACAGCAACUACAACAGGACAAUGAAGUGGACAUGUUUACCAUAGUCCGGCAGUUACAAAUGCGUAGACCAGAAAUGGUUUCUAGCAUGUCCGAAUACCAGUGCUGCUGUCGAGUUGUGGCAAAUUUCUUCACCGCGCAUAAGGAUGACAUUUAUGAGAAUGCUCAAGGACAACAGGGGGUCACGAAAACGGAUGAAAAUAUUUACGCCAAUACAAAUUCUUAAGAACUCGUUUUGAGUAUAAAAGAUGGGGCAGUUACUGUAUGGUGUAUUAAUAAUA